UGAAUUUUUCUCCAUCUUCUCUUUAUCAAGGCUCGAUUGUUCUUGCUUGAGCGGGAGUCGUUUUUAGAUUAUGGUUGAGGGAGCUGUUCUAACAGAUAGUGAAAGAUUGAGUGGAGAGAAUCCUUUAAGUUCUGAAAAGCAAAUGAGUAGUAGUCCGGGAGGCCGACAAGCUUCCAACGAGUAUCAAGGCUCUCGCGGAAGGAGUCAUACACCCAGUCGUAGUCGUAGUCAUAGCAGAGACUACAGCCGAAGUCCAGCUGGCCGCCCUGUGCGUUAUGGCAGUAAAGAACAGAGUCCCACGGCAAAGGAGCCUAACGUACGGUCUAGUCGUGGCCGCAGUCGCAGUCGCAGUCUGAGCGAAGGCGAGCGGCGGGAGAGCAGCCCGUCCCCUUCGACUCUGGAUGCAAGCGGGCGCAGUAAAGGCAAAAACGGCGGCCGAGGCUCCACGCAUCGUCGGCACCGGAGCCCUAGUCCUCUGCGCAGCCCAAGCCCUCGGCCAAGCCCUGUGCGCCGCCGCAGCUUCAGUCCAGUGCGCAGCAGGAGCCACCACCGCUCUCCUAUACGCAGCCGCAGCCGCACGCCCGUGCGCCGGCGUCCUUAUAGCCGUAGUCGUAGUCGCACUCGGUCUCUUACUCGGAGCAGAAGCCGGAUCCGCCGUAGAAGUAUCAGCCGAACUCGAGUACGACGGAGGAUGAGUCGAAGUCGAAGUCCACCUUCCGAAAAUAAAGUGUUGGGCGUCUUUGGUUUGAGUACGUACACUCGCGAAAGAGACUUGGAAGAUGUCUUUUUAGAAUAUGGCGAUGUGGAGCGCGUGGAGCUUAUAAUGGACAGACAAACUGGCCGGUCACGGGGGUUCGGUUUUGUGUACUUCCGUACGUUAUCUGAUGCCGUUCGGGCGAAGGAGUCUACGCAAGGUCUCCGCCUGCACGACAGGAUCAUUCGUGUGGACUACUCGAAAACCAACAAGCCGCACCAGCCGACCCCCGGAAGAUAUUUAGGAAGGAAGACAUACUCGUCCAGUCGAAGCAGCUACAGCGCUCGCUACCCGUACGGCUACAAUGGGAGGAGGUACAGGUACUUUUGCACUGCUCUGCUGGACUUGAUGGCCGCUUAUUCUCGCUGUUUUUUUUUCUUCCUGUUAUUCCUUCUCUUCCAGUCGCUCGCGCUCGCGCUCUCCGAGAUACUACCGAUCAAGAAGGUCCCGCAGCUACUCGCGGUCGCGGUCGCGGUCCCGCUGAUUCCCUCCUUGCUGUGCUCUCCGUGAACGUACGUUGUUGUCAGCGUGGCGUUGUUUUUGUAGAAAGAAAGCAUGCCAUGUGGUGUAGUUAAGCAGUUCCCGGAGCUUCUUUUUGCCUUCCAUUGUGUAGCUCGGGUCACGUGUUAGCGUAUCGACGUGCACCGACGCACCUGUUUUAUUUCUUUAUGAGCUUAACUCAUUGUUUAUUUAUAAAGAUAAGAAAGAGAAUGUAAAAAUGAAUAUAAAGAAAACCCCAAACAACAUUUUCAACAUAUAAAAAAAAAGAAACGAAAAAGCAGUGCGUUGAAUUGAGUUGAACUAUUUUCGUUUUUUUUUCGACUGAAGAACUCUUUAAGUGGAUAUAUGAAAGUUCAAGUUGCAUGAAAUAGAUUAUUGAGCUUAUUUAGUACUGCUUGUCGCUGAUAAGUUGUUUAUAGCAGAGGCUGUAAUAUAAGCAUUGCCACCUUUUUUAGCCCUCUCGUUGCAAAAAUCUACAGUUUACUAAUGAUAAUAUUUAUUAGGUUGGCGCGGCCGCAUGUUUGGUGAAGAACUGAUUGGGGCAACCAUGUUGGGACUGUUCGGAGGAACCGUUCUAUACUUUUAUUUUUAUAUGAAAAUAAAAAAUUAUCAAGAACUAACAA